AUGAGAGCUGCGCCAGCGUUCACAGAAUAUCUUGUAAUUGGGCUCGACCCAGAAUUACGGAAAGUAUGGUAUGCGUUGAUUGUUGCCUUAACUUAUACAAGCAAGAUGUUUGAAGUGCAUCGUCGAGCCGUGGCACUUUCGCUAAGCGGAGCCGGGCAUCUACUGCCUUACCACGCUGGUGUUUGCCAGGAGCUUCUGAAUUUCGCCAAAACCCAAGGACAACGAGUACCUCUGGAAAUAGCUGCGCUAUCUGGUAGUAGUUCGGGUGCCAUUGUAGCCGCUGUCGCCGCAUUCGCGCCAUCGCAAUUGGAGUCGCUUGCUCUUGAUUUCAUCCAACAGCGCGGGCGAGGUCUGUCACUUUUACAAGAGACUUUGGAGAAUCAUCAGACAUCUCAACAAUCCGACCAAUUCACGAACAAGCAAACGCCACUGUCACAAGGACAGCCUGCAUUACAAAUUUACACCACACAGUGUCGGAGUGGUGAACCCUAUGCGUUUUCUUUUUCUUCGUAUUCUCCCCUGCUGUUGGAUGCAAUUAGAGCGUCUUGUCAUGUUCCGAUCUCGUUCCACCCCGUCGAUAUGAUAUCUUGGUCACCAUUGUCGCUGCCGUUGACGUUUGCGGAUUCGGAAGGAGUCCUAAUCCAUGAGGAAGCCUACGUGGAUGGAGCGAUCGCAUCACCCGCGCCCCCAACUCCACACCAGCUGACGCGUGUCGUAGUAUCACCCAUCAGUGGUGGUGUCGGUACACUGGAUUCCGACCAAUGGCGCAUUAGCCCCCACGACACAUCCUGGAGGAUAGGUAGUGUAACCUUGAAAGGAUCCUUUCCGGUUCGAUUGUCAACGCAAAAUCUCCGUGCUUUGCGCACCUCCGUGGGAGCAACUUCGUCGGCCGAGCUGGAACGAUGGUAUCAACUUGGUUUGGAUGAUGGUCGAAGAUUUUGCGAAGACUGGGAAAAAAUAGGUGCAUAA